GAAUGUAUUUCUGACUCAAUCUAAACUCUGAGUUUGAGAGCAAGAUCAAUUUCCUAACUGUUUGGCCUUUCAAGGUCCCCAGCAUCACUCAAAUUGGAGAUAUAACACCGCUUUUUGGUUAUGCUGCCGCUGUUGUUAGGAAAAGGUCGUUCGCAUGAAUAGUUCGUGAUCGAAUAGAAGAUGGGCGACAAGAGGAAAUUACAAGGUGAAAUUGAUCGCUGUCUAAAGAAGGUGUCCGAAGGGGUCGAACAGUUUGAUGAUAUUUGGCAAAAGGUCCAUAGUGCCACACAUGCCAAUCAAAAGGAGAAGUAUGAAGCCGACCUCAAGAAAGAGAUUAAAAAGCUUCAGCGGUUACGGGACCAGAUCAAGACAUGGAUAGCGUCGAGCGACAUCAAGGACAAGCGAACACUGCAGGACAAUCGCAAGAUCAUCGAAACGCAAAUGGAGCGCUUUAAAGUCGUGGAGCGAGAAACGAAAACCAAGGCAUACUCUAAAGAAGGUUUGGGAGCAGCUGCGAAAGUUGAUCCUGCGCAGAAAGAGAGAGAUGAGCUUCGCUCAUGGCUCACGUCUUGUAUCGACCAGCUGACGCAGCAGUCUGAUCAGUUUGAGACGGAGGCUGAGCAGCUUGGUAAUGCCAAGAAGAGCAAAAAGGCAGACAAAGAGCGGUUGGAUCGUAUCGAUGAGUUGACGAAAGGAGUUGAGCAACAUCAGUUUCAUAUACAGAAACUUGAGACAAUCAUGAGAAUGCUGGACAACUGCAGCUUGGAACCUGAUGCAGUGAGAGGUCUGAAGGAUGAUGUAGACUACUACAUUGAAGCUAGUCAGGACCCGGACUUCAUGCAGGAUGAUGAUAUCUAUGACGAGCUGGAUCUUGAAGAGAAUAUCAUUCAUCCAGCGGCAACUGUUGGGAGCUUUGCUGGAACAUCACCUCCUCUGCAUGAUGAUGAGGCGUUUGAAAGAGACGACGAGAAACGGAAACGAUUAGAAGAGGAGGUUGGACCCUCGCCGCGAAAGGAUAGUAAAAAGAAGCGAAAGGACAGCGGAACAUCAUUGACCCCGUCCUCUAGCGGAUCCACAUCGACAACGUCGACGAACGGAACGCCUGUGUCAUCAAAGCCGCCUCCGUCCAAACCGGUCACCAUGCCCACUGCGUCAAUAGCACACGCGCCUGCUAGCGUCAACACCAUGGCAACCAUGAUGCCAUCGUCCGCAGGGUCGUCGUCGUCCGCCACGCUAGCGUCCGCCAGCCCGGCAAUGGUCGCCAUGGGUGCGUCCACCGCCGCCGCCUCCACGACCACCUCGUCCAUGCCGACCGCCGCUGCCAUGGCAACACAACCGCGCCCCAUAUCGCCGCCGCCAGGCCCGGCGUACGCCCAGGCAGCUGCCGGCUUCAUGAGUCAGACUGCGCCCAUGGCAAACAUGUUUGCGCCGGGCAGCCAAGUUCAGCAACAGCAGUACCAGCUGCAGCAGCAGCAGCCGCCUCCGCCGUCAUCGGCGAUGGCGUCUGGAAUGUCUUCCUACGUAUCGGCCUCGUCUUCGGCAACGUCAGUUGGUAUUUCGUCGAGCAGUAGCCAGCAUCAGCUACAGCCUGCUAGCUCAGCCCCUCAGCCGCAGGCGCAACUGCUACAUCAGCAGCCACAGCAACUGCCACAACAACAACAGCUGCCGCAUGUGGGUGGUGGUCUGCAGUCGUUCGCUGCAUCAGCCACUAGUGUACAUGCUGCUUUGGCAACACAGCAGCAGCAACAACAAUCGCAACAGCAACCACCUGUUCCAACGCCAACACCGCCAACACAACAACAAGCCCUUCGUCAACAACAGCAGCAGCAGCAAAGAGUCCUAAGUGCUGACGGGAAGCUAGCGCAGCAGCAGCAGGUGAUUCCCAGUGCGAGUAGUGUGAGUGUGUCUGCAGCUGGCCCUGGCCUGCAGGCACCAAUCAGUUUAGACAGUUCCUCGGCAGCCGGUGGUGCAAUUGUUCAGCAGCCUCAGCAGCAGCCGCAACAGCACUCGGCAGCCCAGCUCAUGCAAGGCGGCGCUCCCGGUCUUCUCCCGGCAUCUGUCCUGCAGCAGCAAGAGGCUCAGCAAGCCAUUCAUCAAACCAACGCUCUGCUCACACAACAGCAGCAGCAGCAGCUGGCGACACCUGCAGUCCAGCCUGUGCCGUCGUCCAUGGCGCAGAAUGUGCCAUCAUCUCUCCAUCAGAGCGUAUACCAGCAACAACAGCAGCAGCAGCAGCAGCAGCCCACGGCAGUCGUAUCGGCAGCAGUGUCGGCGCCGUCCGUUGCCCCCGGCAGCAGCGGCAAUAUCGGUUCUACACCGACAGUGGUGGCAGCGGCGGCGGUCGGAUCUGUAGGUGGAAGUGCCGCUGCGCCUGCACCACCACUUCAGCGUCAGAUUGGAGCCGCAGCACACGGCGUGGUCUCUACCUCGCGCGCCCCGGGUGGUGGCUCAGCAGUGCCAGCAUCCACAUCGAGUAGUGGUGCUGCUAAUGUCGCCGCUUUGGAUAUGCAGGCGAUGUUUGAAGGUGCCUUUAACAGUGGUGUGGAUGCUCACUCUGCUCAGCCUGCAGGCCUUGUGGAGAUGGCACCGCAGGGCCUGCCCAGUGUACCAAGCAGUGGUAAUGUCGGAAGCGUUACUGUAUCUUCUGCAAUCACUGUCGGCACAGGCACAGCUCCAGCCCCUGGUGAUCUUACGUCGAGUAUGUUUCAGUUUGGUGCUAGUGGGCCAAGCACUGCUCUCACUGUUCAACAGUCAACAUCUCAGUCGUCACUGCACACGCUACAGUCCCACCAGCAACUCGCACAGCAACCAACACAACAGCAGCAAGUCCAAAGGCAGCCGCUUCAGCAGCAGCCGUUCCAGACGUCCGCUCCCGGCCCCCUCGCACCGCUGGCUACCCAAGGUAGUGCUACACCCGUCACACCGCCCACCAGUAGUUCAGUGCAGUCGUCUGCAUCGUCCGCAUGGCCUGCUACGCCCGUGGGCGGCUCUGUGAGUGGCAGCGGUGCAGCUGCCUCGGCGUCCUAUCCUGCUCAAAUCCAAAGCUCUCUACAGUCCGCAUUCAUGGCUAGCGGUCCACCCGCAGGCCUCACCAAUACACCGCAGCAGCAACAAAUGAACGAUCCUCAUGCAGCGCUAUCUUCACCUCUGUCCGGUCUCAACCUUAUGGACAGCCGACCGGCGACGAAUCAGCCGCCGCAGCCGCACCCCAUGCCUCCGCCCGGCGGACCCAGCAGUCUGCCGGAGGGUAUGUCACCUCUUCCACAGCCUCCAGCGUCCUCUCAUCACCUCCAGCAACAACAACAGCAGCAGCAGCAACAACAGCAACCGGCACCUGCCCCAUCACCGCUCGGCUCUGGGUCGCUCUCUCAGCAGCAACAGCAGCAGCAGCUCUCUCGACAGCAGCAAUCGCCUCCACCAUUCGCUGGUAUGCUAGCUGGCAGUGGACCAAGCAGUCUAGAUGGCCCACCACCGCCACCACCACAGCAGCAGCAGCAGCAGCAGCAGGGUGGUGGGGGUGGUACGGGUGCUAGUAGUCUUGGCGUGGGCGUAGGAGUGGCGUCCACCGGUCCUGCGAGCUCCGGUGCCAGCAGUCACAACGACAUCCUGGCCAGCUCCCUGGCGGCCUUGUCUCAGCAGCAACAGCAGCGCGACCUCUCGCAUCAGCUCAGCGACGCCAUGAGUGGCAGUGGUGUAUUGGGUGGGGCCAGCGGUAGGCCAUCCUCUCUACCCAUGUCUGGAUUCUCCGAGGCACGAGUACCGGUCAAUGAAAUACGCAUCCAGCCGCUGCUCGGUGUGGCUCCUUUGGGCCCCGUCCAGUUCACCAAAGAGAGGAUGUUUCACUUAGCUAUGCUAGAAGCCUCGCACAACCACAUGCCACUGGCUACCGAUUCUGAGAGAACAAGAACGACUGUUCCGCGCAACCCAUGCAACACACCCAGCUACCACCAUCAACACCCGCCCAUGCAAUGCGAUACGUUUGAUUUCUUCCAGCGCCUGUCUCCAGAAACACUCUUCUUUAUCUUCUAUUAUCAUGAGGGUACGAAAGCGCAGUGGCUGGCAGCGCGUUCCCUGAAAAAACAGUCCUGGCGUUUCCACAUCAAACACAUGAUGUGGUUCCAGCGACACGAAGAGCCAAAGUUGAUAACAGACGAGUAUGAGCAGGGCACGUACAUCUACUUUGACUAUGAGAAGUGGCAGCAGCGAAUGAAGGAGGGCUUCAUCUUCGAAUACAAGUACCUUGAAGAUAAGGAGCUCGUGUAGUUCCCCAGACUGCUCUACAGCCUGAACUUGUUCGCCAGCAACAAUCACUGUGGACCUUGAUUGGCAGGUUCCGCGAUUGUAUGCACACAUGUAUGUGUGCGUGUGUGCGCAUGCAAGCACACAUACGGGUGCAUCUGUGUGUGUGUGUGUGUGUAGCUGUGUACGACCUACCCCUGCACGUAUUGUUUUAGCUUCGCUGUGCACUGUGUGAAGCCAUUGCUGUGGUGGUGUAGUUAUGUCUGCUGUCCGUGCCGUGUUGCGUACAAUGGCACGUCUCGAAUUGUAUGAGCACUGUGUCUUAAGAACACAUUGCCUUUCGCGAGCCUGUACCUUCGGCGACACCAUGGGCGUGUAAGCUAUCCCCUACUCUCUUUGGAGUCCUCAUUCAUUCGAGUGCAUCGUGCCAUUGUUCGGUUGCGUUCUCCUGUCACGUUUUGGCCUGAAACGUGUGUACAUUGCUUUCGCGUGUGUGUCAUCAACUUUAUGUUGUGUCUCUCUCGCUCUCUCUAUCCAUGUCGGCUACUCCUGUGUUUGCGGGUAUGUACAACCUUGCUGAUCUGCAUGUUUGUGUCUGUGCAUAUUGUGUUGUUAUGGCAACGACCACGUCUCUCCCACCUUUCUGUAUACUACUGUGCCAGUGGCUCCCCCCCCCCCUUUCUUACACUCACCCACAUCCGCUUGCCCACGUAUAUUUCUUUCUUACCAUUCGCUGUUUGUGUGUGUGUAUGUGUGUUGCGUGUUGUGCGCAUGUGUACAUUUGGGUGUUUAUAUUUGCCUGCGUGCCCUCCAUCCCUCCUCUGUACAGUAGCUGCCAGGAGUGCGGGCAUGCGUGUGUGUCUGUGCGCACGCACGUGUGUCUGUGUGUGCACGUGCGUGUUCAUGAGCAUGUAACAAUAAUAUACAUGACCUUUCUCCGUGCCCCCCCCCCCCCCUCUCUCUCUCUCUCUCUCUGUGUCUCUGUUGUCUGUUUUGCUAGAGGUUUUCAGUAGGUGCUUUUCUUCUCUUAUUGUCUAGACAACAUAGAUCAUUUUACGUGAUUCGCACAUUGUGUGUUGCCUUGUGUGUGGGCCGUGUCA